UAUAAUAAUUGAUAAAUGGACCUUGAAGCUGUAAAUGUCAGAGCAUAUGGAAAGGAGAUCAAUCAAAGUAUUAAGAUCAGCGUGUUUUUGUGAAAUAAAGCACAUGUUUCAUUCAAAAAAUACCUCUACAGCUGAUCAAUUGAAUUAUGUAAGGAGUUUCUAAAGAGAUGAAUUUAUAACGAGAAUCUAUGUAAUGGUAAUCAUCUUCUGACUUACAAGAUAGAAUACAACAAAUCUAUUGUAAUACAAUGAAUAAAUACCUAAAUAAUGGCCAUAUCGACAUUAUAGAUAUUACAUUUUAAUACGAACUCAGACAAAGUGACAUCUUCAACGUUUUGUUAAAUUAUGGAAUGAUAUUUAUAUCGAGAUAAAUUUCAGAUAACAGAAAAUAUCAUCACAAAGGAAAAUAAUAAACUAUAGAUGAGUCUUGGAAUGCUGUAGUAGAAAAAAUAUUCUGUAAAAUGUCUGAAAACGGUACAAACGAAUUAUUAUCUGAAGAAGAGGAAACUGCUGUAAAGGAAAGUUGGACUGUUAUCUGGAAUGACAAAAAGACCAACGGAAUCAAAAUAUUUGUCAAAUUAUUUACACUAUAUCCUGACGCUAUAAGCAGGUUUAAAGACUUCAACGGUUUAACCCUUGAAGAAGUGAAAGUUCACAAAAAGUUGCGCGCCCAUGCAUUGUCAGUGAUAUACGCCUUAAAAUCAUUUAUAGAUAACCUAGAUGACGUGGAAACGCUAGUAGAGUUGGUUAAGAAAAAUGCCAGUAACCACGUUGAAAGGAAAGUUACGGAAAAACAAAUCAUGUGGUUGAAACCAGUAUUUAUAGAUAUUUUGGAAGAAAUCAUGGGUGAUGAAAUGAAAGACGUUCACAGAACUGCAUGGAAUAAACUAUUCAAUGCUAUAAAAUCAUUGUGGAAACAAGAACAAGAUAGUGUGGUAGCGCAACAAACAGAAGCAUCGUGAUGAUUUGAUUCUUUUUUCGAACUGUGCAUCAAAAGGAUAAUAAUGACAGAGAUCUGAUUGAUAAAGAUAAGGUUCAUUGCAAGAUUCAUUGCAAAUAUUUAAAGCUUGCAAACAGCAAGAUAUACAUUAUAAAGACCAUAAAGUCAGAAAUAUAUAUUUUAUGUAUGUAUGUUGUUAAACAUUACCAUUAUAUUUGAUUCAGUACUUAUUUUGUAUUGUACACAUGUAAACUAGAGUCUGACUGGAUGGAUAUAAAAGCAUUAGCGUGAAUAUUUCACAAGCGCCAUGGCAAAAAAAAAUGACAAUAGGUAUAGGAAGAUGUGGUAUGAGUGCCAAUGAGAUAACUUUCCCUCCAAAUAACAAUUUAUCAAAGUAAACUAGUAUAGGUCAAGGCAGGCUCACACCGAAUAACAAGCUAUAAAGGGCUCCAAAAUUACAAGUGUAAAACCAUUCAAACGGGAAAACCAACGGUCGAAUAUAUAUGAGAAACUGGAAACACGUAUAAAUUACAUAAACAAAAAUAGACAAGUGUGUAUGAAACUCGUGUAGUUUGGGAGUUAUACCAUCAUUGUUUUCCAAACACCAGUCUUUGUACUACAGUGAACAUUUCUCAUAACAUUUGUCAUCUGCAAUGAAAUGCAGGUUAAACUCCUACAACUGUCAGAAAUAAGGGAACAAUUUUGGCCAUUUUUCGUAUGUGAUGCACUUUUAAUAUAAUGAAGAAAUAAUGAUUUUCAAACCUUCCCAUGUAUAUUAAUAUUGUACGUCUGUUUUAUACUCUAUUGAUAAGUAGUAGUAUUUAUACAUAUACUAUUUAAUUGCAUUAUUGUAUGUAAAUUGUAUAUUGAAAUAAUCUAUUGUAUGUUAUUGUAUAAUAAAAUAACUUGCCACUGUA